UUUUGUAAUUUAUGUGCUGCAAUUGCAAUACGUCUGUCUGUAUGAACAAAAGGCAUUGGCUCAUAAGUUAUUUAUAACGGCAAGACUGCAAAAAUCGACGAGGUGCACACAAAUAUAGAAUGUUAGAAGAUGCGCAUGCGCGGCCGCAAAUUGCUUUCAAUUGUCCUGCCACUGCUCCUAAUCAUUAUUCUGUGCAUCAGUUACAUUUCAAAUCAUCUAAGGGACAACACGGAUGAUGAGUUUCUGAUCCAUCUGCCCGAGAGCGACGCCAGUACAGCAGCUCCUGCUCAAGGCCAGCGACCUGGACCGCUCCUCAAUCUCACAGACUUUGAUUAUUUGCUGCCAAAUGAUUUGUGUCGGCGUGCCGAUAGGGAGCUGUUGGCUGUGCUAAUAGUUACCUCCUAUGCGGGACACGAUGCUCUGCGAGCGGCACAUCGUCAGGCUAUAUCGCAGAGCAAGUUGGCCGAGAUGGGGCUCCAACGCAUUUUUCUACUGGCAAAGCUACCGGUUAGGGAGCUUUUCAUCACACAGGCACAGCUGGCGAGUGAACAGGAUCGCUUCGGUGACCUUCUCCAGGGAAAUUUCGUAGAGGAUUAUCGUAAUCUGAGCUACAAGCACGUCAUGGGUCUACGUUGGGCUGCGACGGAGUGCCAGCAUCGCGCGAAGUUCAUUAUUAAGCUGGAUGACGACAUUAUUUACGAUAUAUUUCAUUUGCGACGCUAUCUGGAGUCGCUUGAGGUGGCCCAACCGACACUGGCGACGUCCAACACGUUGCUCGCAGGCUAUGUGCUGGACGCUAAGCCGCCGAUACGCAACCAAGCCAAUAAAUGGUAUGUGACGCGGCAGGAAUAUCCACACGCACUCUAUCCGGCCUAUUUGUCCGGCUGGCUAUACAUCACAAAUGCGGCGACAGCCUCUCGCCUCGUCGCAGAGGCAGCACACACGUCUAUCUUCUGGAUAGACGAUACCUGGCUAACGGGCAUUGUGCGAACACGCCUUGGCAUUCCGCUGGAACGGCACAACGAUUGGUAUUCGGCCAAUGCCGAGUUUCUUGACUGUUGUGUGCGCGACCUCAAGCAAUGGAGCUACGAAUGCGAAUUUUAUGCGGGGCCCAAUGGGGCGGACGCCAAGCUGCUGAUCGAGUUUCUGCAUAACGUUGAAAAGUGUUAUUUCGAUGAGUGCAGCAAACGACCGGCGAGCAAAUCGUUGAAGCAGACCUGUGUGGCCUCAGCCAAGGCACUGGUGCCGGACCAUGGUGUGGCUGUGGUCCAACCAAUUAAACUCAGAUGACCGUAAUUGCUGGCAUUUUCUUUGAUGCAGCCCCCGCCGUCCAUACUAACAAGUGUUCCCACUCGUACGUGAACUCACGUUUAGGCUAAGUCCAAUAGAAUUAAGUAUAAUUUGUGCAAAUUGGUAACGAUUACAUCACUACCACAUAUAUAUAGUUCAUAGUCUAUUUGUAAGUUCGAAGAAAGUGCAUUAAAAUCCAUUUUAAAUUAUUGAA